AUAGGACAACAUAAUUUGCAUGACAAUAUUAACGCUUGUUAAGCAAUCAAGUCUGUCUUUGGUGAGGUUUUUAUUUACGAUCCUUCAACAAUCUCAAGUGAUCUAACCGAACUGUUUAAUGAGAUGUAACGCAGGUGUAAUGCAGGUGUAGAUUUAAAAUCGGCCUAAACGCGUAUAGAGAGUAUAAAUUAUAUACAAGAUAGAUGGGACAAGCAAUUGUGUGUAAUAUAUUAUAAAACAAAUUAUAAGCACAACUUGUAACAAUUUAAUUUGCAAUAUGUUAAUCUGCAAUAAUGUUACUAUAAACGGCAUUCACAGAAAUCACAGGACUAAAUCACGUGGCCUUCCAAAAGUAUCAUAAAUCUAUAUCUAUAUUAUGAUGAACGUUUAGUUGAAGGCCUACUUUAGGUCACGGUAUAGAGCAGGUCGCACGGUGUAAAUGUGGCCAAUGUGUGUAGUAGGAGUAAGAGUAGACCUUGUUCCGCGGAGGCGGCGGCCGCGCGCGUCGAUCGCAAACGGUCGGUCAGUCGGCUAUUGACACAUCGUCCCAAUAUGGCGGUAAGGUGGAAAACGAUGUUCUCGCACAGCGUGCGUCGUGAUCUCAUUCCUGUGCAGUGAGAAUUUUCCCAGGUUUAAUUUGAAAUCUGUCACUGGUAGCUAUAACCAUGAUGCCAAGUUUACGGAAGAAAGUUGCCGGUUUCAUGCGCCAAUUGUCUAUCAGCAAUUUGGCUGGAGCUGUGGAAAGUAUAGGCCUUGGGGAACAGACACUUCGAAGCCCGCAAUCAUUAACUCAAGAUUUUCCUGGUGGCUGUUUCAUCACGCGCUACCUCAAUGGACUAGAAACAAAACAAGAAGGACCAUCAAUUUUACACGGCCGAAAUCCAGAAGAAUUGCCAAGCAAACAGAUCGACAUUUUUCAAGAAAAUGAGGAAAUAUUCGCAGCCUACACUGGUCCUGAUAGUGGUCUUACAGCAGUCAAUCUUCAACAGAAACAUUUAAGUAUUAGCGAUACUGACAUUGAUUACAUUGAUAUGUUAGAUCAAAAUGAGCAAUAUAGAAGUGGAUCAACAACAUCAAAUAUAACAAUUGCUGGAGUUGCCGAUUGGUUUAAUCCUCACGAAAAUGCAUAUGGAAUUGCGACUACUUUGUACGAGAAAAAUCCUACAAACGACACUAGCAAUGGAGAACCAAUAGCCGAUUGUUUUGGCAUUAUAGCAAGACCAAACUCUGCCAUACUAGCUCUUGCAGAUGGAGUCAAUUGGGGUACAAAAGCGAGUAUAGCAGCCAGAUCUGCAGUCCAUGGAAGUAUAGAAUAUUUGAACCAGACUUUAUUUUGUCCAUCUAUUAAUAGUGAAAUGACAACGACAAAAGAUGUAUUUAUAGCGUUACUUCGAUCAUUCCAUGCAGCACAUUCGAUGAUUCUUCAAGAGCAAGGAAUGCUUACUACCUUAACCGUAUGCACCAUCCUUCCACUGCCAAGUUCAAGUACCGAUACAAAUAUAUGCCAGAGAAAAUAUAUUGCUUGUACCUGCAACGUUGGUGAUAGUUUAGCUUACGUAUAUUCAGGGAAAACUGGAGUAAGAGAGAUAACGCGGGGAUCUCACGAUAUUCAUUGCAUGCGAGACAUGCGAGAUGCCUUAGGAGCUCUAGGCCCGGUAGAUGGUUCUAAUCCCGAAUUGAACAACUUGACGUUGGCUAUAACAGAGGUCGAGAGAGGAGACAUAGUGUUUUUGACGAGUGAUGGAAUUUCAGAUAAUUUUGAUCCUGUGGUUGGAAAAUUUGCAGUUUUACCCAAUCACAGCAGCGGCGCUGAUGCCACAUUGAAAAGUCACGAUGCAAGAUUAAAAACUCGUCGAAGAUCGACGGAAAAUCUGCGGCACACUGAGUCGAGUAAUAGUAAUGUAAACAGCAACAAUCUGCCAGUUGUUGAAGCUUACCAAAGGCACGAACUUACCUUGCUCAGAAUGGAGGAUCUGUUGAGACGCGGAGUUUCUGGAGAAGGACCGCCGUGCAACAGUGCCAAACAUCUAUGCGAACUUCUUUUGGACUUUGCGGUACGUAUAACUGCAGCAAAGAGGCGAAUCCUAGAAGACACGGAAUUAUACUAUGCACAACAUAAAGACGGUCACCUUGUACAACUCUCAAAACACGAACAAAGAUCUCGAAGAAAAAAGACAUUGGAGAAGAUAUCUAUGAUACCUGGCAAGCUAGACCACGCGACGGUUGUAGCAUAUGUAGUCGGACCCUAAAUUUCUUCAAGUGUAAUUAACAAUAGAGAGAGUAUAGUUUUUAUUCGUAUAUAAAAAUUGAUAGAUUAAACUUUCUAUAUUGUAAUAUUCUUACUUAGCGUUAAUAAAAAGCGAAUAUAUAUCUUUU